GUUCCAUGGAUGCGAAGCCCUCGUGAUCAAACCGUGCACGUUUCAGCAACGGUCACACAGCAUGAAUCUGGAUUUCUCCUCUUUCCAAAACCCCUUUUGGUUGGCCUUCAACGCGCCGUUGGCUCCUGUGGUUGUCGUCGGCCCGAGAAAUGCGCACCAGCAAACUCAAGUUGCGUCAUUGGACGUGGUGACGUCACCACAAAGCCCAGGCUUCCCAUCCAGCCAUCGUCGUAUAAUGCGGGGUUUGGUCCUCCCCUUCCCUUCUUCUUCUUGGCUUGCGCAAAAAACAUCAACGAUCAACGGCCGACCGAACCAAAAAAGACCAUUCUAUUGACAUUGCAUUGACCGCCACACAGAAAAAAAUGAUCUCCAACGCACUCUUCUCGACCCUCCUCGCCCAGCUGUGCUGGUUCGCGACGUUUGCGCUCGCCGCGCCGGUUGACACGGUCCAUGUCGAGGGUGGUAACGCGUGGCAGUAUGGGACCGGUGGUGGGAUUAUUGGUCUGAUUGUCUUGAUUCUGGAUAUCAUUGUCUUCAUCGAGGUCUUCCAGUCUAGCAGACCCCCCUCUUCCAAGCUUCUCUGGUCGCUGGUUGUGUUCCUCUUCCCUGUUGUUGGCAUGAUUAUUUACUACGUCUUCUCAAACCGCUCAGCUCAUAACAGCAGGAAUGGAUAUGAGACUUUGACGCAGGGUUAAGGGAGGAUGAUGUCGGGCGUGAGGAUGAGAGAGAGAGGGUGGAAGGAAGUGGGAGUAGUAAUGAGAGGGAUAAUGAUACCGGAGACCUGCACAAACGAGAUUGGGAGGAGACGACAACAUGCAUGGAUGGACUUUACAGGCAGCUUUUGCGCAUGGAGUUGGGCUGUAGCUGGAUCAUGGCUUACAUAAUUAUAUGAAUGCGAACGAUGCAUACUCUUUUACAUGGGCCCCCUUCUUAUUUUGUUCUGGACCGAAACACAGCUUGCGGGAUGAGG